CGUGUACCCCACAAUGGCCCAGCUGCCACCAGCAUACCCUUCUUCGUGCUAGUGAAUGUUGAUUUUUGCUGUGUAGGGACGAAAAAUGUGUUAUGAAUGGUAAACUUGUUACAGACAUUCUGUUUCAUGUACAUAGAACUGUGAAUAUUGGGGCUCGGUGGCGAUUGGGCUUGGAAUUGCAAAAUCUUGCACCAAAGAGGUUUUUAUCGGCCCAUGGGCAGUAUAGGAAGGAAAACAAAUGUGACAGGCCGUUUUCAUGUCCGGAAAAUAAGUGUAAGAGACAGACGCACGGGAUUCUGAUGGCCGAGACUUCGUUCGUGCCCGUUCGUUCGUUCGCAUCAUCUCAUAAACGAGUCGUGCCGGUUCUUGAGCUUCCUCCAGUUGUUCGUGUCUCGCAGCUUGCAUCCAUGAUGCGUAUAAACACUUCUAGACUUGUUCGUUUGCUGCGAAAGGUUGUGGAUAAAAAUGUAACAUCCGAGUACCUGCUGCCCUUCGAAGAUUCAAGUAUGGUUGCCGUUGAAUUGGGAUUCGAUGCUCGCCAAGCGUCUUUUGCAUCGUCAAAGCUCUUAAAACUAGCAGAGAAGGGAGAGAGCAGACUGAAUUCCGACUCUCUUCCCUUACGUCCACCGAUUGUCACCAUUAUGGGUCAUGUCGACCAUGGAAAGACAACACUGCUUGAUGCUCUACGGAAGUCCUCCAUCGUUGCAACAGAACACGGUGGGAUUACACAGCGCAUCGGUGCAUUUUCUGUCCCCUUCAGUAAGGGUGCCCAGCAAAUCACAUUCAUUGACACACCGGGACAUGCCGCUUUCGAAGAAAUGCGCAAACGAGGCGCUUCUGUGACAGACAUCGUAGUUCUUGUCAUUGCCGGAGAUGACGGAGUACAACCACAAACUGUCGAGGCUUUAAAACACAUUCAAGCGGCAGGCGUGCCUAUGGUCGUAGCAUUGACAAAGUGUGAUCGUCCGGGGUUCUCUGCAGACAAAGUCCAGAAGCAACUGCUCGAACAUGGCGUGCAAACAGAAGAAUUUGGCGGGGACACACAAGUCUGCUGUGUCUCGGGUGUCACGGGGCAAGGCCUUGAGGAGCUGGAGUCCUGCAUCCUGGCUCUUGCAGAAGUACUCGACAUUCGUGCGUCCAAAAAAGCCGCCGUGGAGGGCUGGAUCAUUGAGUCUUCCGUAAGUAAAGGUCAGGGUAUUCAAGCCUCUGUACUUAUUAAACAAGGAACUGUGCGGCUCGGGUCUUUCCUUGUGUGCAAAGAGAGCUAUGCUAAGGUUCGUUUACUUUUAAAAAACGGAAACGUUCGCUGCAAGCAGGCAUUUCCUGGGGAAGCCGUUCAAGUGUCUAGUUUUAAAAGUAUUCCUCCUGCCGGCGUUCGGGUUUUUAGUGUCAGCAAAGAAUCCGAAGCAAAAGCCUUCAUCGAGGCUGCACAGCGAGAGAAGCAUCUACUGUCACAAACCGAUCUUGCACACAAACAAAACGAACAGCAAAUCUCUGCAGCCAAGCUGCGUGCCAAGAAAAGUCGGCUUGAUCGUCGGGGCAUGUUGCUGUCCUACUGGGACAAAGAACUUGUUCGGGACGAACAAAAACAGAGCUCGUCCACGGAUGUAUCUAAUUCUUCCCACUCCUCUUCUGCACCUAGCACCUACAGUAUUAUCAUAAAGGCUGCUGAGAGCGGUGCUCUUGAGGCUGCUGAAGCUUACUUAAAUGGUAUACAGUAUGGUAGCACGAAGCUGCAACCUGUUUAUACUGCCUUAGGUCCAUUAACCGAAACGGACAUCAACAAUGCGCACGUUGCCAAAGCAAGCAUUGCCGUUUUUGGUAUGGACGUUUCCAAUGGUAUCCUAGCAAGUGCCCGACGCAAGGAGAUUCAGGUCAUUCAGAGCAAUGUAAUUUAUGAAUUGUACGAGAAAGUUAAGGAUUCUUUCCGUGAGACGCUUCCGCCUAUAACCGUCACCAGAAUUGAUGCGGAGGCACUUGUUUUGGCCUUAUUCCCUCACAACGACAAGCGUUCUACUUCGGUUGUGCUCGGCUGUCGUGUAACAAACGGUAAAUUUUGUGAUGCACAUGCAAUUCGUGUCAUGCGAAACGGUAGAAACAUCUGGACUGGAACAAUUGAAUCCAUGCGUCAUCUUCGCGAUGAGGUUCAUUCUGUUGCUAAGGGAAAAGAAUUUGGUAUACUUCCCCAUAUACCCAAAGAAUUCGCCGAUGAUCUCCCCGCUUUUCAGCCCGGUGACAUCGUUCAAUCGUUUUACAAUGAACAAGUUGCGCCUGCUUUUUAGGCCAUCAGCAGCAGAAGUCCUGUUUGUGAUUUACCAUUGUGUCAUCGCUUGAAAUAUUUGCAUUCGUCUUUGGCUACCAGUUACCAAAAUUCCCAUUAACAUCCUUCUAACGGCAUAGCAAUUGCAAUCGACACCGGCUUUCUCUCGUACCGUUCCUACUCCUCCUGCCAUUUCUGCUUAUUCUCAUUCUCUCCAAAUUCUCGCUUACCCCCACGAUUCCCCACUUCUCCCCGCGGUCGCCUGCUGCAUCAUCACAGAGGAAGGGUGAGGCAGCCGUCCGCUGGACUUACCCCACCGACAUGCAAAGCUAACCCCAAGCCAGUACGCGCAAUUUAUUGUACCGUUGC